AUGCGAUCACAACAAGAGCAGGUUGAAACUGAUGAAGCUGUUGAUGAUGAGAUUGAGAUGCAGCCGAACCCAGCCGUGAAGACACCGGCCGUUCCAUCCAAGGCUGUUGAGAAGACUACUGUUGAGAAACCACCGGUUAAGCCGUAUCAUUCGAAGAUACCUUUUCCUCAACGAUUGAGGAAAGUGAAGAUCAAGGAGAAUUUCAAGAAGUUUGUUGAUUUGAUCCAAAAUGUUAACAUUACUAUUCCUUUAAUUGAUCUUCUUGCAGCUAUGCCAAAUUAUGCAAAGUUUCUCAAGGAACUCAUUUCGGAUAAGAAAAAGCUAGAAGAAGCAAAGAUAACUGUAAUGAGUGCCGAGGCAUUGUCCGAUCUUGGGGCCAACAUUAAUUUAAUGCCUUACUCUAUUUACAAAAGAUUGUCUUUAGGUGAAUUGACCCCUACCCGCAUGAGCAUUAGGUUCGCGGACCGAUCAUUCCAAUAUCCCAUGGGGAUAGCGAAAAAUUUACAAAUAAAGGUGGGUCAUAUGAUAUUCCCGGUAGAUUUUGUUAUUCUUAAGAUGGAGGCGGAUGUUAAUGUGCCUCUAAUUCUUGGCCGGCCCUUCCUUAUGACUGCGGAUGCUAUCAUCCGGGUUAAGUCUAAGGGGAUUUCCUUAGGUGUCGGAGAAGACCGGGUAGUUUUUAAUGUUGAUAGAGCUCUUAAGCAUCCUUACUCGUGUGAUGAAUCUUAUUUCAAGAUUGAUGUUAUUGAAGAAGAAGAAGAUGCUUUGGAGAAAGAGCUCAUGGAUAUCUUGGACAUGGAAGAUGGACAAGCAUUGCUUGCUUGUAGUGAAGAAGAGAAAGUGUUAGUUGAAGAGAUGGUGCAAGAAAUCAUGGCAUUGAGUGUUGAUGAAACUCCACCGGAGGAUGAGACAUUUGAAGAGAUCACGGAUAGUGAAAGCACACGGGUGAUUACAUCGAUCGAGUGCCCUCUUACCGAUUUGGAACUCAAACCCUUGCCAGAUCAUCUCGAAUAUGCCUAUCUUGAAGGUACAUCUUUCUUACCCGUUGUCAUUUGA